ACUAUUUCAUUGCGCAUUUUCGGACUCUGCCGAUAAAAUUUCCACUUGGUGUUUUCGCGGCGAAGUUCACACGGUGUAUUCUUGUGAGGCGAGAGCUGAUUCGUCAGCACUGGACCAAACGCAUUUUAUUGGCCCGGUUUCACGCGACACGCUUACCUUUCUCUGCUGUCAUACGUGUUCUAUGGCACAAGCUUUACAAAGUAUUCCCGCCAAGUGCCCAAUGCUUUCGGGCUUGACGGCUUGACGGCUUGUGCGAACAUUUGGGGUUUCUCGGCUCUCGUCGGUUACGAGAGUAGGGAAAAGUUCGUAGCUAUCGAGCAUCCUGCGAUACAGGAGGACUUCUUUCGCGACGAAGGCGUAUCCUAAACAGCAAGAUGAGUCAACCGAGUUCUCCUGUGCAUUCUGAGCGACACGAGACAAUGAGCCAGCAAACGUCUCCUGCACCUGAUAUAGACGAGCCAUUUGAGGACGAGUCCGAUUUACUUGAUGGAGAGAACAAUGCUAACAAUGAGGAAGAGGAGGAGGGGGAGGAAUUAUUCGGAGAUAACAUGGAGGCAGAUUAUCGGCCUAUGUCAGCACUGGACAGAUACGAUCCCAAUAUAUUAGACGACGAAGACUACUCGGAGAUGUCUCAGGGCGAGCGUAUGGCCGCGGAAGUGGAAAUGCGAAAAAGAGAUCGCGCGGCUGGUAUCAUAAGGGAUGACCGCGAUCUUCUUUACGAUGAGACCGACGAGGAAGACGUGCAAGCACGUAAACGUCGUAUGGCCGAAAAGGCUGCCACUGGCAUAUUAGAAGAUGCGGAGAUGAUCGAAUCUAUCGAAAACUUGGAAGAUACCAAAGGACACUCGGUAAAGGAGUGGGUAUCGAUGUUAGGGCCACGAACAGAAAUUUCAAAUCGCUUUAAGAGUUUCCUUCGCACUCAUACCAAUUCCAAGGGACAGUACAUGUAUAAGGAGCGUAUUCGCCAUAUGUGUGAGAGUAAUCAGUCCAGUUUCGUUGUGGAAUUUCCCAUUCUCGCCAGUAAGGAACAUGUUUUGGCCUAUUUUUUACCAGAAGCGCCAUUCCAAAUGCUCGAGAUAUUUGACGAAGUGGCGAAGGAACUGGUGCUUACGAUUUUCCCCAGUUACGAGAGAGUCACGACGGAAAUUCAUGUGAGAAUAUCGGAAUUGCCGUUGAUUGAAGAAUUACGCACGUUCAGAAAGCUUCACUUGAAUCAAUUGGUGCGAACUCUUGGAGUUGUAACAGCGACCACGGGAGUCCUGCCGCAAUUGUCGGUGGUGAAGUACGAUUGUACGAAAUGUAACUACGUUCUCGGACCGUUCGUCCAAUCUCAAAACACAGAAGUUAAACCGGGCUCUUGUCCCGAGUGUCAGAGCAUCGGUCCGUUCACGAUCAAUAUGGAGCAAACUAUAUACAGAAAUUACCAGAAGAUAACGAUACAAGAAUCCCCGGGUAGAAUACCCGCCGGCAGAAUACCGCGCAGCAAAGAUUGCAUUCUGCUGUCCGAUCUCUGCGAUCGUUGUAAACCAGGGGACGAGAUAGACGUUACAGCUAUUUAUACCAAUAAUUACGACGGUUCUUUGAACACUGAACAGGGCUUCCCGGUGUUCUCCACGGUGUUAUUAGCUAAUCAUUUGUUUGUCAAAGACUCGAAGGAAAUUGUAGACUCGCUGACAGAGGAGGACAUCUCGAGUAUACUCGCUCUGAGUAAAGAUCAACGCAUCGCGGAUCGCAUAGUCACGAGUAUCGCUCCUUCGAUUUACGGCCACGAGAACAUCAAGAGAGCCUUGGCGCUGGCGAUAUUCGGUGGCGAGCCGAAGAACCCUGGUAACAAACACAAGGUUCGCGGUGAUAUAAACGUUCUGCUGUGCGGAGAUCCUGGCACCGCUAAAUCGCAGUUUCUGAAGUACGUGGAGAAGGUGGCACCGAGGGUUAUCUUCACCACAGGUCAGGGCGCUUCGGCCGUUGGUUUGACCGCUUACGUUAGGAGAUCGCCCAUCAGCAGAGAAUGGACCUUGGAAGCUGGAGCCUUGGUCCUCGCCGAUCACGGAAUAUGUCUCAUCGAUGAGUUCGAUAAAAUGAAUGAUCAGGACAGAACGUCUAUUCACGAAGCUAUGGAGCAGCAGAGUAUUUCUAUUUCGAAGGCCGGCAUCGUUACGUCUCUUCACGCCAGAUGCGCAGUGAUAGCCGCGUCUAAUCCUAUCGGUGGUCGAUACGACCCCAGUAUGACCUUUGCGGAUAAUGUGGAUCUAUCGGAGCCGAUUCUUUCGCGAUUUGACGUAUUGUGCAUAGUCAAGGACGAGAUCGAUCCCAUGCAGGAUCGUCAUCUGGCCAAAUUCGUCGUCAACUCGCACAUCAAGCAUCAUCCGACGGAUAAUGCGGAGAGACCGGAGAGAGCGCAAGCCAUAGUGUUGGAUCCCGCCACGCAAAGUCUGUGCAUUCCACAGGACCUUCUGAAAAAGUAUAUCGUUUACGCGAAGCAGAACGUACACCCGAAGCUGACCAGCAUCGAUCAGGACAAAGUGGCGAAGCUAUACAGCCAGAUGAGACAGGAAAGCUUGGCGACUGGGAGUUUGCCGAUUACCGUGCGCCAUAUAGAGAGCAUCAUUCGUAUGGCGGAGGCUAGUGCCAAGAUACAUCUGCGGGACCACGUUCAGGAGAGUGAUAUGAACCUGGCCAUUAGGAUAGUCCUCGACAGUUUCGUCGACACGCAGAAAUAUUCCGUUAUGAAAUCUAUGCGUCAGACGUUCCAGAAAUACCUAUCUUACAAGAAAGAUCACAGCGAACUCCUGUAUUACAUACUACGACAAAUCACAUUGGAUACUCUGGCAUUUCAAAAAGCUCUGCACGGCGGACGUAUCACGACAGUUGAGAUUUCGGAGAAGGAUCUAUUGGAACGGGCGAUGCAAAUUGACAUACACAAUCUACAUUCGUUUUAUGAAAGCGACAUAUUCAAGACGAACAAUUUUGUCUACGAGCCAAGGAGGAAAGUAAUAGUACAGACUCUGCCCGAAGGUAUCGAAGAUUAAUCCGAAGAAAAGCGGCGUUCCAUUUUUGUACAUGUAUUUGAACUAUACGUAACAGCAUUUUUGUU